GUAGGACUCCAGCACCAUUCUGUAACUCAGAAGGAACACAAAAAAUAUUUUUGAAAAAACAAACACCAUUAAAAGCCCAAGUCAAUCAGAUGCCCUUUGUGUCAUUGCUUCUGCAAGAAUAUAUUUGAAGCAAGAUACAACAGUGUGCAUCAGUACUACGAAGAUUAAAAAUAGCACCUUGACAAAUUGUUUUUAAGACUGCAAUUAUCAUAGUAAAAAAGCAAUAUGCCAUGGCUUCACCACACUAGAAACAGCAUCUUUAAUACAAUUAAUUAUUUCAAAUUCUGCAGGAAAACUGUCUCUUUGAAUAGAAGAACCUCCCUAGAGAAAAGAGAUUAGCCCCACUAACACUUAUGUACACUCUGUUGUCUUAAAAUACAAAUAAACUACCAAUACACAACUCAGAAUGGCACUGCUAUGUAUUCUACUAUUUAGUAUGGUUUUAUGAUCAGUAUGAUUAUUCAUUAGUAAAAUUUAUAGCAAAAAUGCCCAUAAGUGCAGCUCGGAUUUUGUCUGUAGUCAUAUAAAUCUUUAUAAAUCUUCACAGAGUCAUUUCCAUCUCCUCUUUCCUGCAGCAGGUUGUCACUUGUGCUUGCCAAUAGACACUUCCUUCCACCAGCUUUAAGUACAAAGGUUGCUCUGAAAGUAAUGCCUUCUGUUUUAUUAUGUUGGCCCACCACAUCAGAGGCAGAUGUUAGUGGUAUUGGAGCAUUCCUGCCAAUAUUCCAUAAUAUUUUGUUGCCAUGUGACAGAUGGCAGCAGAGGGACAAUCUGACAAAAUUACGUCUGACAUGGAAGUGUGUAUGAAGCAAAGGAGGAAUUGAAUUCCUCCAUGCAGAAAAAAUGGCACCCAUUGGCAUUCAUUGAUGUUUACUUAAUGUUUAUGGAGACCAAACAAUGAAUGUUAGCAUAAAUAGGUUUUGGAUUGACCUCUGUAUAACAACUCCAGUGGCUUGGGGAAACAAAUUACUGUAGCUUUUAAGGAGCAGCAAUUUUGCUGACAAGAAUUUAAAGACUGUCCCGUGUACCUUCUACAAGACUUCCUGUUCCCUGAGGUACAGGCACCGAGUAUGUGUCUGAUCAUCACCAGUAUUACCUUGACAAAUAUAAGUCUAUCCUUUCACAAUAAAAGGCUGAGUGAUAAAUUACAAAGCUGAAAACAAAGCUACCAGUAUCUAUAAUAACAGAUGGGAAAAACAAACAAACAAGCGAACAUUUUUUAAAUUAAUAUCCACAAACUAAACGGGCAAGAGUUUGUACGUACAAACUUUCCUCCAGAUGUGAAACAGAAGCAGCAAACAGAAUCGGUUACAUCAUUUCACAAGCACCUAAAACAACAGAAUGCACUUGUCAUUUGCUUGGUUUUACUUCCACUGCUGCAGAUAUUUAGGAGUCUGAGCUGAUCUUCUAGAGAAGUGCUCCUUGCCAGUGCAGUGCUUCAGACAGAGUGCUGGGCAACUGUCAACUUGGAAGGAUGGGUUUCAUUCAAAUACAACACCUACCUACUUGACACUGCCUUACAAAUGGGAAAUCAUGACUUGAAGUACAGCUUCCUAAAAAUGUCUUCAGGAAGCAACUACCUCUUAUUUUCAAAUUACACCACAAGAAGUAUUUCCCCAUUUCCUACCUUUCCUGAAUCUAAAUAUUUAUUGAAUUGUAUCAAAUUAACUUACGUAUAGUUAAGGAAAUCUUUCUGUGCUGUUUCCCACCUCUUAUUCUACUCAGAUUGUACGUGGAAGACAUAAUACCUUCGGUUUUAAAAUCUCUAAGAAAAGAAUAAAAAAAUGCAGUGGACAGUGUAAUGCAAAAUGGGAUAGUUAUUCUGUUAGUUCAGGCUUGUUUGGAACAUUUGGACAGGCAAACUGUACGUGAUCUAGCAUAGAUUACUGCUGCAAUAGUCUAAUGAGAUGCAGGCCCUACCUAAAGCAGGCAGGCAGGUUAGUGAUAGUGCUUCAUGAUGGCUUCCAAUCAGUGGAAUCAAAUGCACAUCAAAUGUUCUUGUGGUGUAAUUUGAAAAUAAGAGGUAGUUGCUUCCUUGCGUUGGCCUUACCUGAAAAGCAAAAUCAUGAGAAUACAGACCUCCUGGUUGUGGUUUUUGUGGGUCUGGGUGUGGGUACGUGUGUGUGGGGGUGUGUGUGGGUGUCUUUUUAAUGUAUUUAUUUUUCCCUGUGAAUCCUGGUCACAUAUAACACUACUUUAAACAUGUAAGGAACAUACAUCCCUACCCAAUUUCAUGCUUAAACCAGGUUAAACAUCCCAGCUAGGAAAUGUAUUACGUUAUGCAAAAGUCUCUUAGGCUGAUGCAAUAUUUCUAAACCUUACCUUAAGAAACAAUUAUUAUGCAAGCACCUUAUCAACACUGCAGACAUCAGCUUGUCCUGCAGUAUUAUACAGAAACCGAUGACAAUAACAUAAUAAUUAAUGAAACUAGGAAUUAAGUUGUACAAUACUUCUUUCUUUGUAAUCAUAGAAAUUACGAAUUUCAGAGAACUUUGUUACAAUGCCAGUAUAAUAGAUCUCUUUCAACGAUAAUAAAAUAAUAGCAUAUAGCAAUACUUCUGUUUCUAAUACAGCUUAAGACAAGGUACCUAAAAUAUUACAUGGGACUAGUGCAACACUCUCAUCUGCAACAAUCUGCACCUAUCUCAAGCUGCUGUUUGUCUGCUGCCCGUACAAUGAUAUUUGUGACAUUCUGGCAAUUCAAACAGCUCUUCAGUCAUUCAGAAUGACAUGGAGGCUCAGGAACUGCCUUGUGUAUUAAUUGACUGCAUUGGGGGGAAGCAUGGAGUAUAUGAAGACCAUGCUGAAUUUCUAAAGGAACGUUUUUGUCUCAUCACCAUGAAAGAAUAUCUUGAAAACAAGAACUUUCUUGGCAAAAAAAUCAGAGCUAUUUAUAUGUGGUAUCACAAACCAGUUAUUAAUGAAGAGCUGCUGCAGAGCCUGCCUAACCUGAAGAUAGUUGCAAGCUCUGGAGUGGGAAUUGAUCACUUGGAUCUGAGUCUCCUUUCUAGCUAUGGUGUGAAAGUGUCUAACACUCCAUUUAUUGUUUCCACUGACACUGCAGACUUGGGGAUGGCUUUGAUGCUGGCAUCUUCCAGGAGACUUGUGGAAGGCCAUCAAAUGGCAAUAUCCCCAGAUACUGAAUAUUUCCCUGCUGACUGGCUGGGUGCUGAGGUUUCUGGAGCUACUCUAGGCAUCAUUGGAAUGGGCACCAUUGGCUACAAAGUGGCUGAGAGAGCCAAAGCCUUUGAAAUGAAAAUUUUAUACCACAACAGGAAACAGAGAAACAAGGAAGAAGAACGUGCUGUUGGAGCUACCUACUGUAAGAAGAUAGAUGAUUUGCUCCAGCAGGCAGAUUUUGUUAUGCUGGUUGUGAACCUGACACCUCAGACACACAAACUGAUAGGGAAGAGGGAGCUACAGCUGAUGAAACCCACAGCCAUUCUCAUUAAUAUCAGCAGAGGUCUGGUUGUAGAUCAGGAUGCUUUGGUGGAGGCCCUUCAGAACAAAGUUAUUAAGGCAGCUGCUCUGGAUGUGACAUAUCCUGAACCUUUGCCAAGGGAUCACCCGUUGUUAAAACUGAAGAAUGUUAUUAUAACUCCUCACAUCGGAAGUGCCACCGUAAAGACGCGCCACCUUAUGAAGGAAAACAUGACUGAAAGCAUACAAGCAGGUCUCGCAGGUCUUCCCAUCCCUAAUGAAGUAUUACUGUGAAGUGACUUGCAUUUAAUGUUAAUGUCAUUAGCGGUUACCCUCGAGUGAGGAAACACUAAGUUGAUAACCUUUCCCUGUAAUUCACAAAGGUGCAUAACACAGAUAAGAUGUAGAAGUAUAACUUUAAUCAAAUGUUUCUAAUUUGUGGUUUAAAAAGUCUUAAAUACAAAAACUGCUUCUGUGUGG